GACCACAUAAUCCUGUCUGUUGAUUGUACCGAUUGUCUGCUGGUUGUUUUGUUGGAGUCUUGCACAGAAUGGAACUGCCCCAGCUGGAACACGUGAGGCUCCGAAGGUGUGACAGCGCAGCCUCUGUGCCUCAGUUCUGUAACUCCCCCACAAUGAUUGUGAUGGUUGGCUUGCCUGCCAGAGGGAAGACAUACAUCUCCAAGAAGCUCACUCGCUACCUGAACUGGAUCGGGGUUCCGACAAAAAUGUUUAAUGUUGGCCAGUACCGCAGGGAGGCUGUCAAGAUCUAUAAGAACUUUGAGUUCUUCAAACCUGAUAAUGAGGAGGCCAUGAAGAUUCGCAAGGCCUGUGCAGCAGCCGCACUCAAAGAUGUCACUUCGUACUUUACAAAGGAACAGGGGCAAGUAGCCGUAUUUGAUGCUACAAACACCACAAGAGAGAGGAGAGCAAUCAUUCUUAGUUUUGCAAAGGAAAGGGGCUACAAGGUGUUCUUUGUAGAAUCGAUCUGCGAGGACCCAGAAAUCAUCGCAGAGAAUAUCAAGCAAGUAAAAUUUGGGAGUCCUGAUUAUGUGGACCGUGAUUUCGAUGAGGCUAUGGAGGACUUCAUCCAGCGCAUCGAGUGUUACAGAGCAAGCUACAUGUCCAUAGAUGAUGAGAAAGACAGGAAACUCUCCUACAUAAAGAUCUUCGACGUGGGCAGCAGAUACCUGGUGAACCAGGUCCGACACAUUCAGAGCAGGAUAGUCUACUACCUCAUGAACAUACAUGUCACACCGAGAUCCAUCUACCUGAGCCGCCACGGAGAGAGCGAACUCAACCUUAGUCAGAUUGGUGGAGACUCAGGCUUAUCCCCUAGAGGGCAAAAGUAUGCUAAUGCCUUGGCGACCUUCAUCAAGGGACAGAAAAUCAGCGACCUCAAGGUGUGGACGAGUCACAUGAAGAGGACCGUCCAGACUGCAGAGGCUCUGGGAGUCCAGUAUGAACAGUGGAAGGCUCUCAAUGAGAUAGAUGCUGGUGUAUGUGAGGAACUAACUUAUGAGGAGAUUCAGGAGAAUUUCCCAGAAGAAUUUGCACUGAGAGAUCAGGACAAGUAUCGCUAUCGGUACCCUAAGGGUGAGUCCUAUGAGGAUCUAGUCCAUCGUCUAGAGCCAGUCAUCAUGGAGUUGGAGAGGCAGGAAAAUGUUCUGGUUAUUUGCCACCAAGCUGUGAUGCGCUGUCUGUUGGCCUAUUUUCUUGACAAACCUGCAGAUGAGCUGCCUUAUCUAAGAUGCCCUCUUCACACUGUGCUCAAACUCACACCGAUAGCCUACGGGUGUAAAGUUGAGUCAUUUUUCCUCAAUAUUGAAGCUGUCAACACACACAGAGAGAGGCCAUCUAAUAUCAGCAUCAACAGAAAGCCAGAGGAAGCUCUGCAAACUGUUCCUGACCACAUAUAA